AAAAUGCGUAGUUGUUUAGAGUUUGCGCGAUUGCUUCUUGCGCCGAAGAGUCAGCGUUCUUUCUCAGCCAUUACAACCACAGAGCCAAGCAUUCAUACCUGGCUCUACCCUCCCCCUCCCCCCCAUCUCUCUCUCCCUCUGUUAAUCUAUCCCUCCAUCUCUCCCUCCCUCUGCCUCUCUGUCCGCCACCCCCCUCCCAGUGGUCUCUGAUGUGCCGAUAAGCGGGUAUAAAGGAGCACCUGGGGAGGUGGCUGGGACCGAGACGCUGGAGAGGAAUGAACGCACAUCUCGUCUUUGUUCUGGUUCAUACUAUAUUCCCAUCAUUUUACAAUGUGUAAAGGACUGUCCUCCCUGCCCUCAUCAUGUUUGGAGAGAGCGAAGGGAAUGAGGAUAAAGUUGACUCAUCUGGCAGACAAACAGGAGUGGUCUCAUCAUCAAAAACACAGGAUCCUUGAGAACAAAGCUCUCCCGGAUCUGGAGUCUUUACUAGGCAGCAAAAUUGGCCAGAAGGCGUUCCGCUGCUUCCUGCAGUCCGAGUUCAGCGAGGAGAACCUGGAGUUCUGGAUGUCCUGUGAGGAGUACGGCUCCACCCCGGCAGGUCUGCAGGGGGCCAAAGCCCGGUCCAUGUACGACCGGUUCCUCCACCCUGGUGCCCCACAGGAAGUGAACCUGGAUGCUGAGACCAGAGAGGCUGUACUGAGGGCGUUGGAGGCGCCGGCCAGCGACACAUACAAGGCCCAGCAACAUGUUUACAACCUGAUGGCCAAAGACUCCUACCGUCGCUUCCUUCGCUCACCACAUUGUCUAGAGACCUUAGGGGCCCCUUAGAUUUAACAUAGCGCCCCCCUGCCGCUUUGGAGGCCCACACAAUAACAAGCUCUGUGUGAUUUGCGUGACUUUGAAGAUCAUUUAUGUUAGGACUGUUUUAAGCUGUUCAGCAAUUUGUCGAUAGGACCUAUUUUUAUUUUUGUCUUAUUAGUAACUCUUGUAGAGUGAGUUAUAAGCUACUGUCAUUAGAAAUGUUUAAUUCUUUUCUCACGGCCCUUCUCGGUAGACCUACAUUUAAAGUAAUAAAAGCAGCUGAAUUCCAGCCAGGUGAAAUACAACCGUCACAAUGCCAACACCUCAAAUCUCUGCUGUCAUCUGUGUGUGAUGUGUUCAAAUGAAACAACAAUAAAAUAUGUUGGGAAAAAA